AUGCUGUUUUUCCCGGCGCUCUGCUUCAUUCGCCUGUCAAUUCUCGCUUUCAUUCCCCGUCUUCGCCGAGAUCGUGCUUUCAUGCGAUGGUUAUGGGGCAUUGGCGCUAUCAUUGUUCUGACCACUCUGGCAGCAUUACUCUUCUUCCUCCUAGAGUGUAGACCUAUCGCGGACCUAUUUGAUCGCAUGAAGCCCAAUAGACAUUGCGUCAGCCAAAAGUCGGAGGCUCAUUUGCUUUGGGCGCAUAGUUUCAUUGGGAUCUUGAUCGACGCCGCACUAUUUGGAAUACCAAUAUGGAUCAUUUACAAAAACAUGAGAUUUGGUUCACAGGCUAUAAAAGUUAUUCUCGUCUUCUGUGUUGGUUUAGUCGCCAUCGUGGUCGGCAUUAUUCGACUUGGCUUCAUGAUGACUACCGACUUUGGGGUUGACACGACUUACAAAAUGGGCCGAGUUGCCAUUUGGGUGUCAAUUGAAUUACACGUUGGACUUUGGUGUGGCAGCUUCCCGGCUCUUCAGCCUCUGAUUCGCCUCGUUUCCUACCAGGUCGGUCUUCGAAGUCACCUGUAUAGUACAGACAAGACGCCCGCUCGAGGAACUCGGACCGGAACUCGACCUGGCGCAAGUCAAUACAUCAGGCAGCCGCACGUGGCUGACACCGACCCUGGGAGUGAUGGCGCAAGCGCAAGAGCUAUCGUCACAGGUGGUGGCACGACGACAGAAUCUCUGGAGCUUGGGCAUGUGGAUAACAAAGGUAUCCAGGUGAUAACUGACGUAGUAGUGAGGGUAGAAGAUCAAGUUGACUCACGAGAUAGGAGCAAAAUGGAAACAACCUGGGAUGCAGUUUAA